UGUGACGUCCGAUUUCUGCUUUCGGAGAGUGGAAGCGGGAAGGGGGCUGCCAUGGUCACCGCCGUGGCCUACAGGCUGCUGUCUCAGCGGAAGCAGAUUGAUGAGGUCUUGGCCCUUUUCAAAUUAACCCGAGAGAAUCUCAUCGAGGUCAGAAACAAAAUGAGGACAGAACUGGAGUACGGCCUGAAGAAAGAAACCCACCCGGCAGCCACUGUGAAAAUGCUGCCCACGUUUGUUUGCAGCACUCCUGAUGGCACAGAAAAGGGAAAAUACUUAGCUCUUGAUCUUGGAGGAACAAAUUUCAGAGUUUUGCUUGUCAAAAUCAGAAGUGGAAGAAACAAAUCGGUUCGGAUAUACAAUAAAAUAUUCGCAAUUCCUUUGGAAAUUAUGCAAGGAACAGGAGAGGAGUUAUUUGAUCACAUUGUCCAAUGCAUUGCGGACUUUUUGGAAUACAUGGGAAUAAAAGGUGCCCGGCUUCCCCUUGGAUUUACUUUUUCUUUCCCAUGCAGGCAAACAAGUAUUGAUAAG